CUAUUGGUGGAGAGCGGCGUGCCCUGAGCCCAUUCCGGCCAACCCUGGCCCAAGAUGGGGGAGUGGUGCCGCUGGGCUUUGCUGUCGGGCCAUGCUGGGCUUCUUUUCGGCCCGUCAGACCGGGCUCGACGAUCCACUGCGGCUGCGCCGAGUCGAGUGCACACGAAGAGUUCUAAGUUUGGAAUUAAAUAAAGAUAGAGAUGUGGAAAGAAUACAUGGGAGUGGUAUCAACAGUCUUGAUAUUGAGCCUGUUGAGGGAAGAUACAUGUUAUCCGGUGGAUCAGAUGGUGUUAUUGUACUUUAUGACCUUGAAAACUUGAGCAGAAAACCGAGUUACACAUGUAAAGCACUUUAUUCUGUGGGAAGGAGCCAUCCUGAUGUACAUAAAUUCAGUGUGGAGACAGUCCAAUGGUAUCCUCAUGACACCGGCAUGUUUACAUCCAGUUCGUUUGAUAAAACGUUGAAAAUAUGGGAUACAAAUACUUUACAACCUGCAGAUGUAUUUCACUUUGAGGGAACAGUCUAUAGCCAUCACUUGUCUCCAGUUGCUACAAAACAUUGUCUGAUAGCAGUUGGUACCAAAAGCCCCAAAGUACAGCUCUGUGACUUGAAGUCUGGAUCCUGUUCUCACAUUCUACAGGGUCACAGGCAAGAAGUACUAGCAGUGUCUUGGUCCCCACGUCAUGAAUAUAUUUUGGCAACAGCAAGUGCUGACAGUAGAGUAAAGUUAUGGGAUGUCAGGAGAGCAUCUGGAUGUCUGAGUACACUUGAUCAGCACAAUGGAGAGAAGUCCAAAGCAUCUUCUGAGGCAGCAAACACUGCUCACAAUGGGAGAGUUAAUGGUUUAUGCUAUACAAAUGAUGGACUUCACCUGCUGACUGUUGGUACAGAUGAUCGGAUGCGACUCUGGAACAGCUCCACUGGAGAAAACACAUUAGUGAAUUAUGGAAAAGUCUGUAAUGAAAGCAGAAAAGGGGUCAAAUUCACCAUCUCUUCUGGCUGUAAUCCAGAGUUUGCCUUUGUACCAUAUGGCAGUACAAUUGCUGUUUAUACAGUUUUCACAGGAGAGCUAAUAACUAUGCUUAGAGGACAUUACAGCACAGUUGACUGCUGUGUAUUUCAGCCUAAUUUCCAGGAACUUUAUAGUGGUAGCAAAGAUUGCAAUAUUCUUGCCUGGAUACCAGCUCUUCGAGAACCACUUCCUGAUGACGUUUCUGAAAAGUCUCUGCCUCAACAGCAUCUAAAUCCAGCAUAUGAAGACGCAUGGAGCAGCAGUGAUGAUGAAGGCUGAAUUCAAUUAUGUGCUGAUAUAAAAUAGACAUUCAGGCUCUGCAUUCACAGACUUUGUGAAUUGGAUAUUGUUGGAUUUAUUAUCACGGGAUUUUUGGUAUGGUUCUGUUUAGAACAAUGUCAUUCAGAAUUAAGUUUUCAUUGUUUUCUGGGUUCUUCCUUCACUUAAAUCUAAAGGAUUACUUCUUCAUGCUAAAUGAUUUUUAUUAUUCCUCUUACACAUUGGCGUACUUUUUUCAGUGUUGAACAGCUGAUAUAAAACAAAAUGAAAAGCUUUUCCAACCAGUUAAUAUUGCAUUAUUUCUGGCAUUUCUAGUAGCUAAAUACAUAUCUUCAUUUCCAAAAGGCACAAUACAGAGGAGGACUUAAAGGAGAACUAGCUCAGAUAUACUUCACCUUAUUUUUAUCGGCGUCUAGAUGAAGUGAACUGCAUUCAUACUCAAGUGCGUUGGUACUGUGGGAGCUAGCAAGAUUUCAUACCUGUUUCACAUUUUCAGUUUUGCCUUAGUUUCUCCGUUACAAACAAUGCUUCAUUCCAAAAGAGAUGUAGAGGGACCUUGUAUUCAAGUAUUUCUGUGGUGAGCCCAUCAGCUAAUAUCUAAAUCUGUCCUAGAAAGUUUCUCUUCACUAGUUGUUUUGUUGCUCCUGUAGGGAAUUUUAAAGAUCAGUCUCAUAUGUAUGAACCUCUCAGAUUUCAAAGCCUGGACAGAACCAGUCUUGAGUACAAGGCAGAGAGUGGAUCACCUCUGAAUUUAAAAGUACUACAUAAAGUCCAUCGAAACUGUUUUCAUCUGAGUUUGUGAUCUCAAUACCUGCUACAUUUUGAAGAGGAGCUUUGUGGGGCGAUUGUCUUAUCUUAGUCACUAAUCUGUAGUUCAGACAUAGUCUCCAAGCCAAGAGGUUAUUUGAGGUUUCUGUUAGAUGUAGAUGCAGCUCUAUAGACAGAAAAUUCCUUCCAGAGCAAUCAGAUUUUAGGACCACAAACUCAGACAAAAAGAAAAGGUAUUGCACGGAGAAAUUAAAUAUAAUUCAAACUUUUUUGUAUACUGUGUAUUAUCUCAAUUACUAGUAUGGAUAUUUGCAUUAAUUCACUGUACCUUGGUAUUUUAGUAUCUGUACGAGACAUAGGCUGUUAGUUUCAGUCUGUAUCAGUCUAGAGUCUGGCAUUGUAAAAUAAUUCAAAGUGAGGAGUGGGCAUAUCAAAGGAAUGGUGUAAUUAAACAGGCUUUAUAUGUAA